AUGAGUGUUAAUGAAGUUUUUCAAUAUGAUAAUAUUACAUAUUCAAUAGUUGAUGUAUUCCGGAGAGAAGUUCGCGUUGGAACUGGAGUAUUCAACGAAACAUUUCCUAACGCUGUUAAUAUAAAUUAUUCUGACAUUUUAACUAUUCCAAGCUUUACUACAUACUCUGAUAAACUAUGGCGUGUUGUUGAAAUAGGCACUUGUUCAUUUGCCUACUGUAAUAAAAUAUUAUCUGUAAAGAUAGGCUAUAAUAUUGAAAUCCUUAAGAACCGUGCGUUCUUCAGAUGCUAUCAUAUUGAAAAUAUCACAUUUGAGAAGCAUAGCCGCCUCAAAACGUUGGAAACUUAUUCUUUAUAUGAUUUAUAUGGCCUUAAAAGUAUUGAAUUUGGAGGUGACAAACUCCAAACAAUUGGGAAUUAUGCAUUUGGAUUUAGUUUGCUUCUCAAAUACAUUAGAUUUCCGCCAUCCGUAAGAUUUAUUGAUGAAAAAGCUUUGAGAGGCUUGGAUUUAUUAAGUAGGAUAGAUUUUUGCUGUGUAUCAUCAAGCAAUAAAGAUAUAUUUUUCAGAAUUGAAGAGGAUAAACAUCUAACGCCUACAAAUGUCACGAUAAAAGUAACAUCACGUUAUCAAUCAGAAAAAUUCGGAAUAAAAGAUAGUGUAGAUCUUGAUAAUUCGAUAGUUUGCAUAUUCCCUCAUGCACUCGGCGAUUACGAUCUUCAAUGCCGAACAGUUGCCCAUAAUAACUAUUUCCUUUCUUAUUCUUUAUUCUCAGUUUUCAUUCUUAUGUAUGACUCAUAA